AUGCCACGACAUGCCGUUAGCGACGAUGACGAACCACUCGAGGACAAGACGGCUGCUCUUACGCUCAAGAACAAGAAGACGGAGCGCAUGAAGCGCAAGAACGCGACGAGACAGCAGAAACGCGACGCCAUCGUGAACAUAACAAAGUUGCCAACCGAGCUCAUCCUCGAGACGCUCAAAUAUCUCCGUCCCCACGACGUUCUCGAGUUCAGCUUCGUCAACCGCCGCUUCCACGGCAUCGUCGAGGCCAACGCGAACGUCAUUGGCGACGCCAUCAUCGCGCGCCGCUACAACAUCCUCAUCAAAUGCCUCCCAACCCCCCGACUCCUCGCCGACGUCGACGCCCCCAUACAAACCCUCCUGGUUGACCCCGCGCGUCAAAAGCAACUCAGCAUACACAACCGUCCAUACCAACACAUACAAUCGCCAGAUCCACACCAGCUGUGCACAUGUCUGACCUGCAUCCUAACGUGGAAUAACCUGGGAUUGGUCCUAGACUUUGCGCACUGGCAGAACCACCUCGACACAGGAACUCCGAUCCCCAUCAUACCGCGCGGGCAAUCACCAGAGUGGAAUCAAGAGCUCGUAGCGCGCAACGCACGUAUAGCCCGCAAAGCGGUAGAAAACUCGCUAUGGCACGCUGCAAUUCUAGAAAGGCACCUGGAAAGCACCACGCGAGCUAUACGGCGGCACUCGAAGAACAGGGGGAAUAAACGUGUCCAUGUGGAAAUGACGGAGGCGGAGGCUGCGGAGGAGACGGAUGCGUUUCUGGCGAAACACGGGCCGCCGAGUUUGGAGUUUCCGUACCAGCGGGACGAGUAUUAUAUGCUGGAAGCAUACCUACCCAACCGGUGGUGGAGGAAGCAAGAGGCGUAUUGGUUCUAUACGAUCAAUGGGCAACACGAGCGCGAUUUAGAACUUGUCCAACGCUUCGCGAAGCGGUAA